GCUGACUCUGGCCACCACUGCCCCAUCUGCCGUCACUAUGAAACCCAGCAGCCUCAUCACCUUCACGGUGCUCCUUGCCCUUGAAAUCCUCACGCCCUGGACUGCAGAAGGUACUAGCACGGAAAAAGUUAAGAGUGGAGCCUGCCCCUUCAGACCUCAUGGCCUAUGCCUUGUGUACGAGCCCCAUGAAUGCCUGAAUGACUGGGAGUGUCCAAAGGAUCAGAAAUGCUGUCCCAGCAUUUGCAGCAACAAAUGCCUGGAUCCUGUAGAUCCAUCGGAGCAAGUUAAGGUCAAUCCCGGGAGGUGUCCACUGGUCAUUGGCGAGUGUAAGGAGCCCAACCCCCUAGACACCUGCCUGAAUGACGGUGACUGCCUGACCGGUCUGAAGUGCUGCAAGGGGCCAUGUGGGAAUUCAUGUGUUGAGCCACUGAAAGAUACGUUCUCACCACUUCAACAAGAUUAGGACUUCCUGGUACGUGUGGUUGGAGGAUUCCUUUUCUCCCCAAACCAGAGAAAGAGGAAAGUGCCUUGAUGAAUGUGUGGCUUUGUGACAAACACCUCCAGGGGCCUAAGGUCGGGCUUGGUUUAUCUGCGUGUGCCCAGCAGCCAACGUGAGGCUUGGCACACAAGAGGGAAAUGUCUACUGGUUCUUGAAAAAAUAAAUACACCAUUUUCUCUGCA